GAGCCGCCGUGAGGAGCAUGGGGAGCUGCUGGCUGCGCCUCGCCGCGCUGCUCGCCCUGGGCGCCCGGGCCAGCCUGGAGUACGAGGGAUCGGGAUAUUCACCCCUUGAAGAUGACGAGGAUGUUUAUGCACGCAGUAGAUACAAAGAAACACCGUGGUGCUCCCCCAUUAAGGUGAAACAUGGUUAUGCAAACUGCAGGACACCUCAAGGGGAAUAUUACAAGAAUGUGUUGGGCACAAGAUGUGAUAUUCGCUGUCAGAAGGGCUACGAGCUGCAUGGCCCUCACCAGCUAAUUUGUCAGUCAAGCAAACGCUGGUCUGGGAAGGUGCUCUGCAAACAAAAGCGGUGCCCUACCCUGUCCAUGCCAACCAAUGGGGGCUUCAAGUGUUUGGAUGGUGCCUACUUUGGCUCGAGGUGUGAGUACUACUGCUCCCCGGGCUACCAGCUGAAGGGGGACCGCAUUGUCACCUGCAUGGACAGCAAGGCCUGGAGCGGCCGGCCGGCGGCCUGCGUCGAUACUGAACCUCCGAGGAUCCAGUGCCCGAGCGUGAAGGAGAAAUCCGCGGAGCCCAACAAGCUGACAGCCAGAGUGUUCUGGGACACGCCGGAGGGACGCGACACCGCCGACGGGAUUCUCACCGAUGUUAUUUUGAAAGGCCUGCCACCAGGGUCACAUUUUCCAGAAGGUGACCACAAAAUCCAAUAUACUGUGUACGACAGAGCUGAAAACAAAGGAACUUGCAAAUUUCUUGUUAAAGUCAGAGUCAGGCGCUGUGUGAAGUUAAAUGCCCCAGAUAAUGGCUACAUCAAGUGCUCAGGUGAUGGAAAUAACUAUGGUGCUACCUGUGAGUUCUCCUGCAUUGGUGGCUACGAGCUGCAAGGAAGCCCAGCUCGAGUCUGCCAGUACAAUUUGGGGUGGUCAGGAGUGGAGCCAACCUGUGCACCCAUGAAUAUUAAUGUGAAUGUGAGGACUGCAGCUGCACUUCUGGAUCAGUUUUAUGAGAAGCGGAGACUGCUGAUUAUUUCAACUCCUACUGCUGCUAACUUCUUCUACAGGAUGCAGCUGGGGAUGCUGCAGCCAGCACAGUGUGGGUUAGACCUGCGACACGUCACCGUGGUGGAGCUGGUUGGUGUCUUCCCAGCACAGAUAGGAAGAAUAGGUGUGAAGCUGCUUCCCCCAUCACUUGCCUUGCAGCUCAGGCUGCUGCUGAGGAUCCCCCACUACAAUUUCAACAUCGUGGUGAUGGACAAGCAUGGCAUGGACAAGGAGCGCUACCCUUUCCCAGCAACACCAGCUGAGCUCUUUGCCCUUAUUGACAAAUUCCCCUUGAGAAAAGAUGAGAUGAAACUGCAAGCAGAAAUUGGUCAGUCAUGUCCCUAAUUCAGCAUUUCAGGGCUUGCAGUUGUCGGUGAAUUUUUUUAGUCCACAGAAUUCUCCCCUUGGUGCUACACAAAGCGUGGCUUUUUAAAUCACUGAAGUGAUUUUUUGUGUAUUGGUAAAUCUGUCCAGCCAUGCAGCUGCUCUGCAUAGAAGGGUGCACGAUGCUCUUUUGUACUUUCAGUCAUCUUUAGAUCAUAGAAUGGCCUGGGUUGGAAGUGACUUUAAAUAUCGAGUUCCAACCCUGCUGCCACAUCUUGCACUAAACCAAGUUGCUCAGAGCCCCAUCCAACCUGGCCUUGAACACUUCCAGGGAUGGGGCAGCCACAGCUUCUCUGGGCAGCCUGUGCCAGUG